GCCAGCCAACCCCACUUCACCUCGACCCUCUCCAUCAUCAGUGGCUAAAAAUGCCGAUACUCCUUCAGAUUGCGCUCUUUAUCGUGAGUACACAUAUCUUCAAGGGCUCAAAAACAAUCCCCGUCAGGAUAAUGGCAUGGAAACCCCCACGUCCCUUGCGUCGGAAUGAAACCAUCGAUUCUGGAAUGUAACGAUCUGCAUGAGGAGGUGCCGAGGCCAAUACGUGAGAAGGUAAACAAAAGGGAGCCGAAUUUCCACUGACCCAGAGAUCCGUUCCAUCUGAAGUUGCACCUCUCCCCCCCACCAGUGGCAACAAUAACAACUACACAGUAUGUCAAUCUCGACACUUCAGCCUCCUUACCCUCUCCAUCCUUCCGUCAAGGACCUCUUGGAUCCCGAAUAUAUUUCCUUCUAUAACGAGUAUGUCAUCAACCAGCAGCAAGUCCAUCUCCAACCCGUCGAAGCCUCCCGAACAAGCGGGGUUCUGAUCCCUGGCGGGGGUCCGCUCCUCGAGGUCGGAAAGACAGAGAAUAUCACGAUCAACCGACGCGCGACAGAAGGUCCAGAAAUUCUGUUGCGCGCAUUCACCCCAGCUGGGGAGACACCAAGCGGAGGGUGGCCAGUGAUGCUGUAUUUCCACGGAGGUGGAUGGGUCCUGGGGAAUAUAAACACGGAGAAUCCGGUUUGCACAAAUCUGUGUGUGAGAGGAAACUGCGUCGUAGUUACAGUUGAUUACAGGCUCGCCCCAGAAAAUCCCUUUCCCGCAGCCGUCCAUGACUGUUGGGAAUCUCUUCUCUGGCUGAUUUCUGACGGACCUUCGCGACUCUCUAUUAACACAUCUAAGAUGGCAACUGGUGGCUCCUCAGCGGGCGGAAAUCUAGCCUCAAUCAUCACCCACAAAGCCCUAACGCUUUCACCCCCCGUCUACUUCCUUGCCCAGCUUCUCUCUGUUCCAGUAACAGAUAAUACAGCAACGGUCCAGAACAACGAAUCCUACAGGCUUUACGAGCACACACCGGCCCUUCCAGCUGCUAAGAUGGUGUGGUACCGCGAUCACUAUCUGCCCAAUCAUAAGGAUCGCACCAAUCCCGAAGCAAGCCCCUUGUUCUACGAGGGCGACUGGUCGAAGCUGCCGAGGGCAUUGGUCAUGGUCGGCGAGUUGGAUGUGCUUCGAGUGGAGGGAGAGCAGUAUGCGGAGAAACUGAGCAAAGCUGGGGUCGAGGUGGAUUUGCAGGUGAUGAAGGGCAUGCCACAUCCAUUCUUGGCGAUGGAUAAGGUGUUGAAAGAAGGGAAGAGGUCGAUUACUUUGAUGUGUGACCUCUUGAAAGAGGUGUUCUGGUCUUAGUUACAUAUCUUAGAGUAACUGUACACGAUGGUCACUGUAUCUGCAAUCUAUGGAACUGAUAUCCACAAGACACUUCCAUACUUUCUCUUGUUCUAAAGGAAGGAAGUACAUCACUUUGUGGUGUUUCGAGUUAUCGUUAUAUCAGCAUAUCAAGGCCCCGUCAAGUUCGCUCACAAGAAAGAAGAAGAACAAAAAGAGUUAAUGUGAGAUGAUAAUGAGAAGAGUCCCGCCAGUUAUUACUCCCAAAUGUUCCUCAAUCCUGAGCCAUCAGGCGGGCGACUCUACCUAUCACCCCCAACUCCCAAGUAAAAAAGCUAAUUAGCAACAUUCCCGAGAUCAUUUUCUCUCGAAUACUUGGCCGUACGCAUACCUUAAGAGGGCAGCCCCGAGGAUCAAUACUAUAGACCCUAAUCCGAUGAGCAGGGUUUGUGACAUCGAGCCCUAAGUUCC